GAGAGAGAGAGAGAGAGAGAGAGAGAAAGUAGAACCGAUCCACCACCAGCCACCGGCCAUAGCUUCAAAAUGAAGAAGGCACAGCUAGUUCUUGUCCCUUCACCUGGGAUUGGCCAUCUUGUUCCCGCUAUCGAAUUUGCCAAGCGCUUACUUGAUCAAGAUGACAGUUUCCUAGUAACAGUUCUUGUCAUCAUCAGAGCACCAUUUGGUCCUGACACAGAUACCUCCAAUCAAUCAGUGCUCACCACCAUCGAUACUCGAAUACAAUACAUCACUCUUCCUACAGUAACCCCACCUGAUUUAGAUCCUUUGAGGUCCCCUGAAAACUAUGUUACCAGUUUCAUGGAGGCUCAUAAACCCCUUGUAAAAGAUGCUGUGGUCAACCAUGUCAUGUCCAACAAGUCAUCAGUACCGGUUGUUGGUUUGGUUGUUGACCUGUUCUGUGCUUCAAUGAUUGAUGUUGCUAAUGAACUUGGGAUUUCUUCUUAUGUUUACUUCGCUUCUAGUGCUGCCUUUCUGGGUCUCUUGCUCUAUCUUCCUACUAGGCAAGAACAGGUUGGGAUUGAGUUUAAAGAAACUGAUCCUGACUUGAUUGUUUCCUGUUUUGCCAAUCCUGUGCCUGCUAGGGUUUUGCCAUCAGCGUUGCUGAACAAGGAUGGUGGGUACACCUGCUUUGAAAAUCUUGGAAGAAGAUUCAGAGAGGCUAAGGGUAUCGUAGUCAAUUCCUAUGUAGAGUUGGAAUCCCAUGCAGUCAGCUCAUUCUUGGGUGGAGGUACACCCCCAGUUUACACAGUGGGGCCGCUGCUCAAUGUCAAUGGGCACAGUCUGAUGGGGUCAAAUUCGGAUCGACAUGGUAAGAUCAUGGAAUGGCUUGACGAUCAACCAGAAAAAUCAGUGGUUUUCUUGUGCUUUGGAAGUAUAGGGCGUUUUAGGGAAGCCCAGGUGAAAGAGAUUGCACUUGGGCUGGAACAAAGUGGCCACAGAUUCUUAUGGUCCGUCCGUAAGCCACCACCUGAAGGGCAUUUUGCAUUACCCAGCGAUUACAGUAAUUUCGAGGAGGUCUUGCCAGAUGGGUUCCUGGAAAGGACCAAAAAUAUUGGCAUGGUCUGUGGAUGGGCUCCACAAAUGCAAGUCUUAGCUCAUAAAGCCAUAAAAGGGUUUGUAUCACAUUGUGGAUGGAACUCGAUCUUGGAGAGCUUGUGGCAUGGAGUCCCCAUUGUGACAUGGCCAAUGCAUGCUGAGCAGCAAAUUAAUGCGUUUCAAAUGGUGGAGGAUUUAGGGAUAGCUGUAGAGAUGACAUUAGAUUAUAGGAUGCGUUCUGACAAUCUUGUGCUGGCUGAUAAGAUAGCAAGGUCUGUGAAAAGCGCGAUGGAGGAAGAUGGUGAAGUGAGAAAUAAGGUCAAAGCAAUGAGUGAAGCUAGCAGGAAAGCUGUGAUGGAGGGUGGGUCUUCCUUUGCAGCUCUUGGAGACUUGAUCAAGGAUAUGCUAUCUUGAAGGAUUUUCUUCAAUGUAUCAAUUAUUAAAGUGUUUUACAACAUCUAAAAGUCAAAGCACUUGAUAAUUAAGCAUCUAAUUCUCUCUUUAAUUACAGAUGAUAAUAAAUGCGCCUUUCUCGUAGUGCUUUUUA